UAGAAUUAGCACGUGACGCGGCCGUUUCCGGCUCGAGGAGACGGCGGGGUCUCGGGCACGGUCGGCCAUGGCGUCCGGGUGUCGGAUAGGUCCGUCUAUCCUCAACAGCGACCUGGCAGCGCUGGGUGCCGAAUGCAGCCGCAUGAUGGACUGUGGGGCGGACUAUCUGCACCUGGAUGUAAUGGACGGACAUUUUGUCCCAAACAUCACUUUUGGCCAUCCUGUCGUAGAGAGCCUUCGGAAGCAGCUGGGUCAACCGCCCUUCUUUGAUAUGCACAUGAUGGUUGCCAAGCCAGAGCAGUGGGUGAAACCAAUGGCUGUAGCAGGUGCUAACCAAUAUACCUUUCACAUAGAAGCCACAGACAAUCCAGGGGCACUCAUUAAAGAUAUCAGGGAGAAUGGGAUGAAGGUUGGUUUGGCCAUCAAGCCAGGAACUACAGUAGAAUAUCUAGCACCUUGGGCCAAUCAGAUAGACAUGGCUUUAGUUAUGACAGUGGAACCUGGAUUUGGUGGACAGAAGUUCAUGGAAGAUAUGAUGCCAAAGAUUCAUUGGCUGAGAACACAGUUUCCUUCCUUGGAUAUUGAAGUAGAUGGUGGUGUAGGGCCUGACACCAUUCAUAAAUGUGCAGAGGCAGGGGCAAAUAUGAUUGUGUCUGGCAGUGCGAUAAUGAAAAGCGAUGACCCCAGAGCAGUGAUCAACCUUCUGAGGAAUGUGUGUUGUGAAGCUGCCCAGAAGCGUUCUCUUGAUCGGUGAAACCAAGUUACUCUCAGAGGAAGACUGCAAGCUGCUUUCUUGUCUGUGGGUGGGUGGGAUAACCAUUAUGGAAUGGUGUUGCUGCUAAGACAAGACUGCAGUACUGAAGAUUCAUUCCUCCAUGCAAAGAAGCAGCAGUAUACAAAAUGAUUUGUCUUGCCAACCUGGAAAAGUUCUGCUCCAGCAUUAUCCCUUGACUUCUGGAGGCAGGUUUGUAAUACACAGAUACUUGAUUGUACAAAGCAGCUUGCCGUGGAAGACAAAUAUGCUAUAUUAAACAUUUAAAUUGGUUCAUUCCUUAAAUCUUAAAUGCUUGAAAAUAAACACGUGAGAUUGAAGAGUCUUUAAAAUGACUGGCUUUGAUAACCUUGACAGAUAUAAUAAUGGAAAAGAGAAUAAAGGAGCAGGCAGUUUGCUUUUGAAGCUCAAUAUGGAAAUAGAAUCAUUUGCAAAUACAUGGAAUUUCUAAAAUGCCACCAUUUUGACUGCUCUUUGGUUUUAAUAUGUCAGAAAUUGAAGGUACUUCAGUAAACACAUUACAAUUUUGAAAACCUGUAAGAGAGAUUUAAUGUGCACUCAAUAUGCAGUAUAUCUUGCAUGUGCCAUUAACUAUUACAAAAGUUUUACAGCACUUCUGUAUUCCAGAAAUUCAGUUAUGCUGAUAGUAACGAGAAUUUUUUACUACCUUGUCAUCUGCUAGUUAAGCAAGCACUCUUUGAAUGGGAAACAGAACCUCCCUCCUACUCAAGAGAAUAUCGUCUAGAGCUAAAUAUGACAUGCAACCUCAAGCUGAUAACUUCAUUAUGAAAAUAAAAGUUUUGGCAAACAUGA